AUGUCACAAUUAAAUAAAUUCACAUUUUAUAUUCGUUCGAUUAUGAGAAUUAAAAAUGAAAUGAUUUUACCAUCGAAAGAAUAUAUUCAAAAAACAUUCAAAAACUUUCCACAUGCACAAAUGAUAUGUUAUAUGGAUCGUUUUCUAGGCAGAAGAGAAUGUCAAUAUCAUAUAUUUACAUAUCCAUCUCAAAUGUCAUAUUAUCAAUAUUUGUCAAAUCAAUUUCCGGGUGGAUAUUAUCCAUAUGUUCGUAUGGUAUCAUUAUAUGAUGAAUACCCUUUUGAACAUGAAUUUUUUCUUCAAAUAACUCAAUCGUUUCCAUUUAUAGAAAAAUUAGUUUUAAUUAAUUGGAAACCACAGCAACACAAACAAUCUUCUAAAUCAGAGAAUGAUAAUUGUCACUUAUCAAUUGUUAAAUAUUCUCAUCUUAUUGAACUUGACAUUGAACGGGUUUAUGAUGAUUAUGUUGAAGAAUUUCUCAGUGAUAGAAGAACAUUUUUUCAAAAGAAUAUUCGUCUUCAUAUUGCUAGUAAUGCUUUAUUAAGAGUAACAGAAAAUUUUACAAGGAAAGAUACUCGAAUGAAUUGUAUCAAAGUAGAAGAUUUAUUACCGUGGAGUGAAUUUAGAUCUUCGAAAUCUUUUCAAGAAUAUUUUCCUUCAAUAAAAGAAAGUGAUUAUAUUACUUCAUUUUUUAUGUAA